AUUGGUUCAUCGUUGUAAUUUGACAGAGUUUGGUGUUCUAGAACUUUUUUAGUCAGAAAUACUUAUAAAUAAAGAAUAUAAAAAUGGUUUCCUUAAACCCCGUUAGGAUUCUCAAACAAGAGGCUGAAGAGGAGAAAGGUGAAAUUGCAAGGUUGAGCAGCUUCGUGGGGGCAAUAGCCAUCGGGGAUUUAGUAAAAAGCACAUUGGGGCCAAAGGGAAUGGACAAAAUAUUAGUGUCUAGCGGUAGAAAUGCGGGGCAAGUUGAAGUUACAAAUGAUGGGGCUACCAUAUUAAAAUCAGUCGGCGUAGAUAACCCUGCCGCUAAAAUCCUUGUGGAUAUGUCAAAAGUACAAGAUGACGAAGUCGGGGAUGGGACAACUUCAGUUACUGUUUUAGCUUCUGAGCUGUUAAAAGAAGCAGAGAGGUUAAUUGAACAGAAAAUUCACCCCCAGACUAUAAUCGCUGGCUGGAGGAAAGCCGUUGAUGCGGCGAGAAAAGCUCUCCUAGACACAUCGACCGACAAUAGCGCUAAUGCAGAAAAAUUCCGUGAAGAUCUCAUGAACAUAGCCAGGACCACGCUAAGCUCGAAGAUUCUCUCGCAGCACAAAGAACAUUUUGCCAAGUUAGCGGUCGAUGCGGUGCUAAGACUAAAAGGUUCCGGAGACCUACAAGCCAUACAGAUCAUAAAAAAGACCGGCGGGACAUUGGAGGACUCCUUCUUAGACGAAGGAUUCCUCCUAGAUAAGAAACCGGGAGUCCAUCAACCGAAAAGAGUAGAGAACGCGAAGAUCCUCAUCGCCAACACCCCCAUGGACACCGAUAAAAUAAAAGUAUUUGGAUCUCACAUCAAAGUUGACUCGAUGGCAAAGAUAGCGGAACUGGAAUCCGCCGAGAAGGAGAAAAUGAAGGACAAGGUCAACAAGAUCUUGAAACAUAACGCCAACGUUUUCAUCAACAGGCAACUCAUUUACAACUACCCGGAACAGUUAUUCUCCGAUGCCGGCAUCAUGGCCAUCGAGCACGCCGACUUUGACGGAAUCGAGCGAUUGGCACUCGUCACUGGAGGAGAAAUAGUCUCAACGUUCGACCACCCCGAACUCGUCAAACUGGGCACUUGCGAUGUGAUCGAACAGAUCAUGAUCGGCGAAGACAUAUUGCUGCGUUUCAGCGGUGUGGCUCUUGGAGAGGCCUGCACGAUUAUAAUUCGAGGCGCCACACACCAAAUUAUCGAGGAAGCCGAACGCUCCCUGCACGACGCCUUGUGUGUGUUAACGGCUACGGUGAAGGAAAGUCGCAUCGUUUACGGGGGAGGAUGCAGCGAGACUUUGAUGGCUGUAGCGGUGCAAAAAUUAGCCGCUAAGACUCCCGGGAAAGAGGCUGUCGCAAUGGAGGCAUUCGCUAGAGCUUUGCUGCAACUGCCUACAAUUAUCGCCGAUAACGCCGGGUACGAUUCCGCUCAGUUGGUGAGCGAGUUGAAAGCCGCUCACAAUAGCGGCAGAGCUAGUAUGGGUCUCAAUAUGGAGCGAGGCGAACUAGGAGACAUGAAGACGUUGGGUAUUACGGAGUCUUUCGUGGUGAAGAGGCAGGUGCUGCUUUCUGCGGCUGAAGCGGCCGAGAUGAUCCUUCGUGUCGAUAAUAUUAUUAAGGCGGCACCGAGGAGGAGGACCGAGGACAGGGGACACUGUUAAUGUAUCUUUUGUAGGUUGUUCUUUAGGCUUUUUGUAUAACUUUUACACUGCAUCGUUGAGGAAAUUAACCGUCAAACUUUUUAUGUACUCAUCAUACAUUACACAUGAAUAAAGUCAUUAUUUAACUUA